ACCUCUGGUGAUCAUUCCUUUUCCUUUCUUUUUGUUUCCUUCCUUCACUCUCAGGUUUUCACUUUUCAGAACCCCCCAAAAGCUCUAGCCUCACCGGUCAUCACCAGCACCACAUAUUGCUAGCUAGCGACUCAGAGAUGCCAAGCAAAGAAGCUUCACUGUUAGGAGAAGCAAAGCUUCACCUUUUAGCAGAUGAAAGAGAACAAGACCAAACUCUCUCACGAAGGUUUUGGAUUGAGUCAAAGAAGCUUUGGCACAUAGUAGGCCCUUCAAUUUAAUUUUCCAUGUUAGUCAUCACACAAGCCUUCGCAGGCCACCUUGGUGACCUCGAACUCGCUGCCAUCUCCUUUGCCAACAAUGUCGUCGUUGGCUUCGACUUUGGACUCUUGAGUGAGGGUUGCAAAUGAGCUUGGAGCUGGGAACGGAAAAGGAACCAAGUUUGCUACAAUGGUAUCUGUGGUGACAUCAGUUAUUAUAGGACUCUUUUUCUGGAUGUUGAUUUUGAUAUUGCAUGAUAAAUUCGGCUACAUAUUCUCUAUUAGCAAAGCCGUCCUUGAUGAAGUAAACAACCUUUCUCUUCUAUUAGCCUUCACAAUUCUGCUCAACAGUGUUCAGCCAGUUCUCUCAGGGGUGGCAGUGGGAUCAGGGUGGCAAUCAUAUGUUGCAUACAUAAAUUUGGAUUGCUACUAUAUUAUUGGGGUGCCUCUUGGAUUUUUGAUGGGCUGGUUCUUCAAUCAAGGAGUUGUGGGAAUCUGGGCGGGGAUGAUUUUUGGUGGCACAGCAACUCAGACAUUAUUAUUGAGCCUUAUUACUGUUCGAUGCGACUGGGACAAAGAGGCUGAAAGAGCAAAAUUGCAUUUAACGAAGUGGGCAGAUCCAAAACAAGAACUGAACUAAUUAAGGGAUACUCGCUUUGUAACCUAAAUGCCAAAGGAAUCCGCAUAUUUCUUUUAGGCUUCGGUGAUAUUGACCGAAACUAAAAUAAAUAUGAUAUAUGACAUUAUUAAUACGAUGAGAUUGUUUCAUGACAGUAGUAUUAGAAAAAAAUAAAUCUCUUUACCAAUU